AAAAAAAGAGGAAACAACUAAAUGAGCACGUUGCCCACCGUUUUCCUCUUUCUUUCUUCAUCUUCCAAACAGAGGCAAUUGCAGGGCGAGCUGCGAAGUCCUCUAAUGGCGACUCCAGACCAUCCCCGUCUCGUCAUCCACAAUUUUCUCUCUCCGGACCUUUGCAAGGAGCUCGAGUUCAUACACAAGAGCUGUGGAACAGUUGGGUACAGGCCAAACGUGUUCUCGACCACUCUUUCUCAUCUCAUAGCUACUAAUUGCGGUCACCUGAUCAUGCCUUUCGUGCCCAUCCGAGAGAGGCUGAGAGAGAAGGCGGAGGAGUUUUUUGGUUGUGAAUUCGAGCUAUUUGUCGAGUUCACUGGCUUGAUAAGCUGGAUUAGAGGAGCAAGCAUUGGCUGGCAUAGCGACGACAACAGACCAUACUUGAAGCAAAGGGAUUUUGCAGCAGUGUGUUAUCUGAAUAGUUAUGGUGGGGAUUUUGAAGGUGGACUUUUUCACUUCCAGGAGUGGGAACCUGCAACUAUUGAGCCCAUGGCCGGUGAUGUUGUGAUGUAUACAGCUGACAGCAGAAAUAUCCAUUCUGUUGAUGAGAUUACUGAUGGAGAGCGACUGACUCUAACCCUAUGGUUUACACGUGAUGGAUCCCAUGACGAGGAUUCUAAACUUAUCUCUUUCCUCUCCCAGAGCCAACUAAAUAGUUCAGUUCACGAGUCUCGUAUCUUUCUACCUCUGCCAGCUUCUAGUAAAAUGUACUGGUUUCCUCCCAAUCAAGCUUCAACUUGCGAGCCAGGAUUUGACAUACGCCUUGCAAGAAUACACGUUCUUGGGUAUGGUCUUUGUCCUCCUCAAUGCAAGAGCUGCUUUACAGCAGUAGAUUCAUGCGAUGACUUCUCGGAGACACUGAUGGAACAACCAUUGAAACUAACAAGGGAAAACGAAUUAUUGGAUGUGGAAUUUGGCAACAUCUUACACGUUCUUCAGGUGGUUCAAUUUUACCAUUGGAAGACUUCCAGGUUGCAAACUUCUGAACAUGAGAAGAAAAUGAAAGUUGUGCCGGUAUCUGGAUCGCAGAGAGAGGAAAUCGAUAGGCUGAGACAAGCAUUUCUGACGGGCGAGCGACUGGCAGAGACUUUUUUCGGCAGCUUGUCUUAUGACGCGAGCAAGCAGCAGCAGCAUCCCUUCAACUGGACAGAUAGAGUUGUACAAAGAGGUUGCCUUUCCAACCUCAAGCUCCAUCAGCAUCAUUUCAUGGCAACGGCUUUGAAGAUACCGCAGCUGCUCCUUUUUCUUUCAUUGACAGCCGGUUUGUGGUGGUACGGCGUCUUCUCCGCGGCGGAGCUUCCGAGGUUUCAUCACCCGUCGAAGGCCGGCGGCUCGCUAAGCUUCUUGGUCGUCGGAGAUUGGGGGCGUAAAGGGCUCUACAAUCAAUCUCGAGUUGCUUUCCAGAUGGGAAGAAUUGGAGAAGAGCAAGAUAUAGAUUUUGUGAUCUCAACUGGGGAUAAUUUCUAUGAAGAUGGUUUGAGCGGAAUUGACGAUCCUGCGUUUGAGCAAUCUUUUUCUGAUAUCUACACCGCACCAAGCUUGCAGAAGAAGUGGUUUAACGUGUUGGGCAACCAUGACUACAGAGGCGAUGUUGAGGCACAAUUAAGCCCAGUUCUAAGGGAGAAGGACAAGAGAUGGUUUUGCUGGAGAUCGUUCAUUGUGGAUGCAGGGAUGGUGGAGUUUUUCUUUGUUGAUACAACUCCUUUUGUAGAUGGAUACUUCACAGAUGCAGGAGACCACACCUAUGAUUGGAGGGGAGUUCUUCCUAGGAAGCAUUACCUUUCAAACCUUCUAAAGAAUUUGGAUUUUGAAUUAAGGAAUUCACCUGCCAAAUGGAAGAUAGUCGUGGGUCAUCACACGAUUAAAAGUGCAGGCCACCAUGGUGUCACUCAAGAGCUUGUAGUUCAUCUUCUUCCAAUCCUAGAGGCAAAUAAUGUUGACAUGUACAUGAACGGACAUGAUCAUUGCUUGCAACGUAUUACCAGUUCUGAUGGUAAAAUUGAGUUUUUGACAAGUGGAGGCGGCUCCAAGGCAUGGAGGGGAGAUGUAAAAUGGUGGAACCCAGAAGAAAUGAAGUUCUAUUACGAUGGACAAGGUUUUAUGUCAGUUCAACUGUAUGAAGAUGAGGCCAACUUUGUUUAUUAUGAUGUUUUUGGCAGCGUUAAGCAUGAAUUCAAGGUUUUGAAACAGCUUCAUUCACCUAUGUAAGAUAAUGCCUUCAUUUGUAUAAUUGAUCAAAGUGAAAGAUUUCCACGAAUUCUAUACA